GAUCCAACUUGAAGUCUUGUGAGAGAGCCUUUGUGAAACAGUUUCUCCAUGUUUUGAAUAAAGCUUUCUCCAGCAACAAAGGCCUGAUGUGGGCACUCAUGCUUCCCAAUAGCUACGCAAAAAAGGAAUCUGAUCUUAAUAGAGCCCAAGUCAAACUUCAAGAGUUCGAAGCAGCCUUAAAUUCUAAAGAAGCUGCACUGGCCACAGCCCUAGGUGAGAAGAAAAGUCUGGAGGUAGAAAAUGAGGAUUUAAAAGAUCAAAUUGUACAGUGUGAAACUUCUUUAGCUGCUACCAAGAAACAGCUUGCAAAUGAAAUCUUGCUGAAAGUGGAUCUUGAAAACCGUUGUCAGAGUCUCACUGAGGAAUUGGAAUUCCAUAAAAAUAUGUAUGAGGAGGAAAUCAAUGAAACAAGGAAACAUGAAACUCGCUUAGUUGAGGUUGAUUCUGAGUGUCAAAUUGAAUACAAACAUAAGCUAACCCAAGACCUCAGUGAAAUAAGAGAGCAGUGUGAUGCUCAAGCGAAGCUGUACAAAGAAGAGCUAGAACAGACUUACCGUAACAAACUUGAGAAUGCUAAACUAUCCUCUGAGAUGAGCAAUUCUGCAGUCAACUCAUUAAGAGAAGAACUGAAUGAAAGUCACAGAGGAAUUGAAACUCUGUCUUCCUAUCUCACCAGCCUUCAGAAAGAGUCUAGAGUAUGGCAAGAUAGAGCGCUACAGCUUGAGGACACCUUGGCCAAGGAACGGCAAAACCAUCACAAACUACUGUCUGAGAAAGAGAAGGAAAUGGCAGAGAUGAGAAAUCGGAUGCAGGAGCAGCUGAGUGACUAUGGACAACUUGUGGAUGUUAACCUUGCACUUCGUAUGGAGAUCAAUGUAUACCGGAAACUGAUGGAGGACAAAGAGGAGAGAUUGAGACUUUCUCCAAGUCCAUCUUCCCGAGUGACAGUUUCACAGGCUUCAUCGAGCCAUAGUGUGCAUACAACCAGAGGGAAGAGGAAGAGGAUUGAUGUGGAGGAAUCUGAAGUCAGCAGUAGUGUUAGGAUUUCCCACUCAGCUUCUGCCACUGGCAGGGUCUCUAUUGAGGAGAUAGACAUUAAUGGAAAAUUUAUCCGCUUGAAGAACACCUCUGAACAGGAUCAACCUAUGGGAGGUUGGGAGAUGAUCCGAAAAAUAGGAGACACUUCUGCUAGUUACAGAUAUACCUCAAGAUAUAUACUAAAGGCAGGCCAAACUGUUACAGUCUGGGCUGCAAAUGCUGGAGUAAUUACUAACCCUCGCACUGACCUCAUCUGGAAGAACCAGAAUUCUUGGGGCACUGGUGAAGAUGUGAAGGUUGUACUGAAAAAUUCUCAGGGAGAGGUAAAGUACCUCAAAUGUGUUUAG